UGGCCCAUACUCAGGAGCCUCACCACCCCUCUGAGAAGCCGGUCAUCCACUGCCAUAAAUGUGGGGAGCCAUGUAAAGGUGAAGUACUCCGUGUUCAGGCCAGACACUUUCAUAUCAAAUGCUUCACCUGCAAAGUGUGUGGCUGUGACUUGGCACAAGGAGGCUUUUUCAUUAAGAACGGGGAAUAUCUUUGCACCUUGGAUUACCAGCGCAUGUACGGUACCCGCUGCAACGGUUGUGGGGAGUUCGUGGAAGGCGAAGUAGUGACAGCUCUGGGAAAAACUUACCAUCCAAGCUGCUUUGCCUGUACUGUUUGCAAGCGUCCAUUUCCACCAGGCGAUCGUGUUACCUUUAAUGGAAGGGACUGUCUCUGUCAGAUGUGUGCUCAGCCAAUGUCCUCCAGUCCAAAAGAAUUGUCUGCCUCAAGCAAUUGUGCUGGCUGUGGAAGAGACAUAAAAAAUGGACAAGCACUGCUAGCUCUGGAUAAGCAGUGGCAUCUGGGGUGCUUUAAGUGCAAGGCCUGCGGGAAGGUCCUAACCGGGGAAUACAUCAGCAAGGAUGGUGCUCCUUACUGUGAAAAGGACUAUCAAGUUCUUUUUGGAGUCAAAUGUGAAGCAUGUCACCAGUUCAUUACUGGGAAGGUCCUAGAGGCAGGUGACAAGCAUUAUCAUCCAAGCUGUGCACGAUGCAGCAGGUGCAACCAGAUGUUCACAGAAGGAGAAGAAAUGUAUCUGCAAGGUUCCACUGUCUGGCAUCCCGACUGUAAGCAAUCCACUAAGACUGAAGAUAAGUUGCGGCCUACAAGAACAUCAUCAGAAAGCAUUUAUUCCAGACCAGGUUCCAGUAUACCUGGCUCUCCAGGCCACACUAUCUAUGCAAAAGUAGACAAUGAAAUCCUUGAUUACAAGGAUUUAGCAGCCAUUCCCAAAGUCAAGGCCAUUUAUGACAUUGAACGUCCAGAUCUAAUUACUUAUGAGCCAUUCUACACUUCCGCCUACGAGGACAGACAGGAGAGACAGAGUCUUGGAGAGUCUCCAAGGACAUUAUCACCUACCCCUUCCGCAGAAGGUUAUCAAGAUGUUCGGGAUCGCAUGAUUCACAGGUCUACUAGUCAGGGCUCCAUUAAUUCUCCAGUGUACAGUCGUCAUAGCUACACACCCACCAUGUCACGUUCCCCUCAGCAUUUCCACAGACCUGGCAAUGAGCCGUCCAGCGGUCGGAACUCCCCUGUCCCCUAUCGGCCCGACAGCCGCCCUCUCACUCCAACUUACGCUCAGGCCCCUAAACAUUUCCAUGUUCCAGAUCAAGGUGUCAACAUUUACAGAAAACCACCCAUCUACAAACAACAUGCUGCUUUGGCAGCACAGAGCAAGUCCUCCGAGGAUAUCAUCAAGUCCUCCAAGUUCCCAGCAGCUCAUGCACCAGCACCCAACGAGAUACCAAAGAUUGAGAUGGACCACUGGCCAGGUCCUCCCUCCCUUGCAGCCAUAGGAGCUGACAUGAGACGCAGAUCAAGUGGAAGAGAGGAAGAUGAUGAGGAACUACAGAGACGCCGGCAACUGCAGGAGGAGCAGCUCAUGAAGCUCAACUCUGGUCUGGGACAAUUGAUACUGAAAGAAGAGAUGGAAAAGGAGAGUCGCGAUAGGUCAGCCCUUUCUGCCAGUCGUUAUGAUUCUCCAGCGCAUGCCUCAGCCUCCAAAACCUCUUCACUCCCUGGCUAUGGAAAAAAUGGACUUCACAGACCGGUGUCUACAGAUUUUGGUCAGUACAACAGUUACGGGGAUGUGAGUGGUGGUGUUAGAGAUUUCCAGUCCCUUCCGGAUGGUCAUGUCCCUGGAAUGAGAAUGGACAGAGGAGUAUCUAUGCCUAACAUGUUGGAGCCAAAGAUUUUUCCAUAUGAAAUGCUCAUGGUGACCAACAGAGGGCGAAAUAAAAUACUAAAAGAUGUAGACAGAACCAGGCUUGAGCGUCACUUAGCACCUGAGGUUUUUCAAGAAAUAUUUGGCAUGACGAUACAGGAGUUUGACAAGUUACCUCUCUGGAGACGCAACGACAUGAAGAAAAAAGCAAAACUCUUUUAAUCUGCCUUUAAACAAACCAACAAAAAUGAUGCAUAGGAUAUUGUAUCAUACAGUCCAAACUAUUUGGAAGCAACUACUUGUCACCAAAAAGGGAAAAUCUCAUAGUGGCACCUCUGUACACAGCAACUGAACAAGAUGAACAUUUGCUCUCCUGUAACAUAGGGAGAAAAUACCUGGGCUCAGAAACAAUGAUGGUUUUCAGAGGUGUCAACUUGUUACAUGAUACUAUACAAGAUAGGAAACUGUUCUGUUCUCCCUCAGUGAUAUUCCCUUUACUUCUCUCCACAAUAUGAUGGACUUUAUUGCUAGAGCCAGGAAGUGCCCUUAGGAUGCCUUGUAGACUAAAGUAGUUGUAACCGCUCCAAGAACUGGAAAAGAAAAAAAAUAUAUAUAUAUAUAAAAAUAUAUAUAUAUGUAUGUGUGUUUGCGUGUGUGCGCCCAUGUAUUUAUAUCUACCCAUCUAUCUAUGUGUGUGCGUGUAUGUAUGUGUAUAUAUGUGUAUAUAUAUGGAGAGGAAGACA